AUAUGGAGCUACGGGAGCUGCCGCCUGGGGGAAGAGAGGUGCAGGUUCUACUUGUUUUUGCUCUCCUCCCGGGGCUCUGCUUGGGGUCCUUUCCCUAGGCUGUUCCUAGCCGGCUUGAGGAGAGGGUGGGAGGGUAGCUGGCCAGCCUGCCUGUUGACAGCAACUCCAGGGCUUGUUUUGCAGCCUUGCCAGCCGUGCCCAUCCUCAUCAGAAACUGGCAGUGGCAGCGGCCGCUCGGGCGGGCGGGCAGGCAGCUCCAGCCCCGGGCUGGGUUUGCAGAAGCUGUCCUUCGCCUUUUCGCCCAGCUUUUAGCUGGGAACAGGGAGGGAGAGAAAACAGUGGAAUACUUCUUCUGGCUGGCGCUGCCUCUCUCUCUCUCUCUCUCUCUCUGUGUCUGUUUCUCUCUCUCGCCUUUCUCUUUCUGGGUUCAAGUCACAUUUCAUGGGAUUCUGUUCUUUUGGGACUUCGUCAUCUUUUCAAAUAUGUCCUGGGACCUUCGGAGCUGUGCCCGGGAUGCUAAGAACAUGGUCAGUGGAUUAUCGUGACUGUACUAAUGAAAGGAUUCAAGCUGUCCUGCACUGCCAGUAACUCCAACCGCAGCACGCCAGCCUGCUCCCCCAUCCUCCGGAAGCGGUCUCGCUCGCCAACCCCGCAGAACGUAGACGGAGACACCAUGGUGGAGAAGGGCUCAGAUCACUCCUCGGACAAGUCGCCGUCCACCCCGGAGCAGGGCGUGCAACGCAGCUGCUCCUCGCAGUCCGGCCGCAGUGGUGGCAAAAACUCCAAGAAAAGCCAGAGCUGGUAUAAUGUGUUAAGCCCCACGUACAAGCAGAGAAAUGAAGACUUCAGAAAGCUCUUUAAGCAACUUCCAGACACGGAGCGCCUCAUUGUUGACUACUCGUGUGCGCUCCAAAGAGACAUUCUUCUUCAGGGCCGACUCUACCUCUCCGAAAACUGGAUCUGCUUCUACAGCAACAUCUUCCGCUGGGAAACUCUGCUGACUGUGCGUUUGAAAGACAUCUGCUCCAUGACUAAAGAAAAGACAGCUCGCCUCAUCCCCAAUGCCAUCCAAGUUUGCACUGACUCAGAAAAGCACUUUUUCACUUCGUUCGGGGCCCGGGAUAGGACGUACAUGAUGAUGUUCCGGCUCUGGCAGAAUGCUCUCCUGGAAAAGCCGCUGUGCCCCAAGGAGCUCUGGCACUUCGUCCACCAGUGCUACGGGAACGAGCUGGGCCUGACCAGUGACGACGAGGACUACGUGCCCCCCGAUGACGACUUCAACACGAUGGGCUACUGUGAGGAGAUCCCCGUAGAGGAGAAUGAAGUAAACGACAGCUCGUCCAAAAGCAGCAUAGAGACCAAGCCGGAUGCCAGUCCACAGCUGCCCAAGAAAUCCAUCACCAACAGCACCCUGACGUCCACGGGGAGCAGUGAGGCCCCCGUCUCGUUUGACGGCCUGCCCCUGGAGGAGGAGGUGCUGGAGGGCGACGGGUCCCUGGAGAAGGAGCUCGCCAUCGACAACAUCAUCGGGGAGAAGAUUGAGAUCAUUGCGCCCGUGAACUCCCCUUCGCUGGACUUCAACGACAACGAGGACAUCCCCACCGAGCUCAGUGACUCUUCGGACACCCACGACGAAGGGGAGGUCCAGGCCUUCUACGAGGACUUGAGUGGCCGGCAGUACGUGAACGAAGUCUUCAACUUCAGCGUGGACAAGCUCUAUGACCUCCUGUUCACCGACUCACCCUUCCAGCGGGACUUCAUGGAGCAGCGACGCUUCUCAGAUAUCAUCUUCCAUCCGUGGAAGAAGGAGGAGAAUGGAAACCAGAGCCGAGUGAUCCUUUACACCAUCACCCUUACCAACCCUCUGGCUCCCAAAACUGCCACCGUCAGGGAGACACAGACCAUGUACAAGGCGAGCCAGGAGAGCGAGUGCUACGUGAUCGACGCCGAGGUCCUCACGCACGACGUGCCGUAUCACGACUACUUCUACACCAUCAACCGCUACACUCUCACCCGCGUGGCCCGCAACAAGAGUCGCCUCAGGGUCUCCACGGAGCUGCGCUAUCGGAAACAGCCCUGGGGGCUGGUGAAAACGUUCAUUGAGAAGAACUUCUGGAGUGGGCUAGAGGACUACUUCCGCCACCUGGAGAGUGAGCUGACCAAGACAGAGAGCGCCUACCUGGCGGAGAUGCACAGACAGUCUCCCAAAGAGAAGGCCAGCAAGCCCCCCACGGUGCGGAGGAGAAAACGGCCCCAUGCCCACCUGCGGGUGCCGCAUCUGGAGGAGGUGAUGAGUCCCGUCACCACGCCCACUGAUGAGGACGUGGGCCACAGGAUCAAACACGUGGCCGGUUCCACGCAGACGCGGCACAUCCCCGAGGACAGCCCCAACGGUUUCCACCUGCAGAGCGUGUCCAAGCUGCUGCUGGUUAUCAGCUGUGUUCUGGUGCUGCUGGUCAUCCUCAACAUGAUGCUCUUCUACAAACUCUGGAUGCUGGAGUACACCACCCAGACCCUCACCGCCUGGCAGGGUCUCCGGCUCCAAGAAAGGUUACCCCAGUCCCAGACAGAGUGGGCCCAGCUCUUAGAGUCCCAGCAAAAGUACCACGAUACGGAGCUCCAGAAAUGGAGGGAGAUCAUCAAAUCCUCGGUGAUGCUUCUUGACCAGAUGAAGGACUCACUCAUCAAUCUUCAGAAUGGCAUCAGGUCCCGAGACUACAUGUCAGAAAGCGAGAAGAGGAACCGGUACCACUGACAAGGCAGGAGCUGGGGUGGCUGCAGGAGGCCUGUGCAAUACGUGUACAGAGACCAUAUAAAUAUAUAUAUAAAUAUAUAUAUAUAUACAGAUAUAAAUAUAUAUAUUAUAUACAGAUUUUAAAAAGAGCUAAUGCCUAUGUACCAGGGAGAAGGAGCAGGGCCACCCCCUGCGCUGGCCGGCGGAGCGCCGAGGAGGGCAGGGACCGCCUCUCAGCACCGACCUCCCCCGACCCUCCUGCUCCCCAUCCUGUCGUCCCCACCCUUUCCCUUGCUGACCAGUCUCGGCUCUGAGAAGGGAGAUGUCGAGCCAAAGUUGUGCCUGUGAAGACCCUGGGGUCGCGAGAAGAGGUCUCAAGGGGGGCAUUGCUUAAGGUGCUUCGUUCCUGAAUCCCCUUUUGGUUUGUUUCCAAAAUAGAAGAGAAUCUUUUCUUCCCUACCCCGCGCUUCCCCCAAGGUGUUCUCUUGGGCAUGAGGAAGCGUCCAGGGCAGGAGCCCCAUCUAAGCUCCACCAUACAAGGCUGCCCCAUGUGCGUGGACUGCACACCACGAGUCUGGUGGAGGGGUCCCACAGGCUGGCUGGGCAGGCGUCUCUGAAGGGUUUGGGCUUUGUGGCUGCAGGCUCCUAAGGGCUGGUGUUCUGACGAAGGGCAUCCUCUUCCAUUACCCCUGCCCCUUCCUCUAACCUGCGUGGGGUGUGGACCCAAUAAGGGUGGGGGUUUCUUCCUUUCCCACCCCACCCCCUUCUCUCUGGUCUUUUCCCAGGCUGGAUCUGGGUGAAGUGUCACUUUUUAGUGCCUAAAGCCCUAUUUUUCCUCUGUGCCCUAAGAGCACAUUGUUUAUUAGUCAGGGUGGAGCGUUUUUGAUCUUGUUAAACUUCUCUUUUAGUGAUUGUAAGCAAGUCAGGUCUGUGGCUCUAACCCCUUCCCUUUGAGCUGUCAUUUGAUUUCUAGGGUGAAUCAGGGUGUUCUAGGACCUCCAGGGUUUGAGAGGGUGAAUGUAUUAGCCACAGACGGAUUGGAAGGUCUAACCACAGAGCUCCUCUGAGUAGUGAGCACCAACAUCCACACACUUUCUGGCUGCCAGCAUCAUUUCCUCUCAGUGAGGAACCAACUUAGUCAAGGGAGUCUACUACCUGAGAUACUUUGCCUCUGAAAGAAGACCUAAGCCUUGGAGGGAAUGAAUUUGGCCUUGGUACAUGGGUUUGGGCAGGAAAAAGCCAAUUGAGUCUGCCCCACUGUGGGCCCUUCCAGACCCUGUUUCUCAGAGCUAGGAGUGGAAGUUCUAGCAGGAGGAGCAAAACCUUCGCUGGCCUCUGGCCCCAGAGAGGUAUGAGAUUCCUAAGGAGCAGGAGGAAGGCCGUGGGUUAGGAAAGUGAGUCGUCCGGGGCCUGUAGGGGCUGGCUUACAGAGCCCGUGAUUCAUCUGACCUCAUGGGGCCCUGCUGCAGAUGCUUAGCAUCCUUCACACUGACCGCUGUUUCUUCCUGUGAUGACCCAAGGAAUCCUGCCAGCCCCGGGCAGAGCUUGUAGAGAUUCUUGAUCAGGAAAGGAUUAUACCAAUUUGGCAAGGAGAGCUCUUCCAGAUUUCUUGUUCUAGCGGACCUCUUUAAUGGAACAGGCAGAGGGAAGGGAGAGUUGAUCACUCACCUAGCCAAAAAGAAGAGCUAUGUUAUAUUCUCUUGGACUGGCCUGAGCAUCCCACUUUGGCAAUUAAAAAGAAUUUUUAACUUUUCAUUCUGUCUGAAAAAGAGGUUCUUGUUAUUGCCCUAAGGGUAGGAAGAGAAGACCAAAAGAUGCUGCAACCAGAUAGGGUGAGAAGGUUCCAUGAGGGUCAUCUGGAAUUGAUAGCCCUCGUUUAGAAAAGGAGAUAUGAGGAAAUGGAGUUGCAUGGAAUCCUUGUGAAGGGUGCAUGUGCCCACAGGCCAGCAGGUCAAGAUCAGCCCUGACCAGGACCUUGAAUGGGAGACCCUGAUGAGCAUUAAGGCUUAUGGGACCCAAGCCAAAGGAGAAGGAAGAGUGCAGGUUACUAGGAACUUUCUUGUUGGAGUAGCUAGAAGUCAAAAGUAUUCUCAGAAACUUUUGAAAGGACAAAUGGUAAAUUCUCUAAUUUAUUCCAUGCAUAUUUAUUUAUUUAAAUUAUUCAGUUAUUAAAAGUAGUGUGUUGGGACCUUCAGGGUGACUUUAAAAGGGCUAUUUGCUGGCAAUAAAGUGGUGGAAGUAGGCCUGACUCUGCAGGAUUGUUUUACUUUGGCUUCAUCUCACAGGCCCCUCUCGGGCAGAAGCAGUGACAGGGAACUGUGCAAGGAACCCUCUAGAUUUCUGGGGAUUUGCACAGGAGACAGUGUGUACCCAUGGGAAGCAUCUCUUGACUUGCCUCAUUUCUAAGAAUCUUGGAUCACUUAUGGGCAUUUUCUCAAACCAGGAGAAAACCAACACCUCUGUUCACUCCCAGACAAAAGCUGUUCGCUUUUACUCAGUAACCUGUCAAAGAGAAGGGACCUCACCCUUGCAGAUCAGUUUGGGAGUAAAACACAUAAAUGACAUGGUAACUCAUGGCUGGCAGCCUGCCUUGUAAGGGAGCAUUAAAACUGCCAUUUCUUAUGUUAUUUCUCCCCGCCAGGGCUUUUUUUUCUUUCUUCUACAUAAGAACUCAGUCUUAGAGGAGUUUUUCUGCAUCAUGUGGUGAGACAUUUGAGAGUUUGCACUUUCUGCAAAAGGUUUUGCAGUUUCUAGGCAGGUGAGAAUAGUAAGGUUUGCAGUCCACUCCCACAGACUGGGGGGGAAUUGACAAGACUGGUGUUGGCGAGGCCAGCCAUGUCUGUGACUCUCUCCUGCCCCGUCCCCAUCUUAGGGCAAAGGGGUAACGUUGCAGGAUAGUAAGAUUAGCAGUUUGGAGCUCUCGGUAACAGCACUGGUCUGAGAGGGUCGGGAGACCUGGCCUGAGUCCUGGUCCUGCCAUUGGACAAGUCACACACACACACACUCACACCCACCCUCUGCGCUUCAGGGCUUGAUCUAGACUGUCCUAAGGUCAGCUCUAGCUUUCACCUGGUCUUGGAGGUGGCUGGGUCAGAGCCUGGCCAGUCUGGGCUUUCUCAAACUUGGACGGCCCCCUGCCAAGAGAGGAUGGGCCUUCUGGACAAGAGCUUCUCUGGUAUUUAGAUGAGUCAUAGGGUAGUGUCUGAGUUCCCGGGAAAUCCAGGGUAGUAAAACUUUAUUCUAAGGGCUAAGAGGACUAGGGAGGUCCAAUGAAUGGGUGGGAGAGGGAGAGGAGAAAGAGAGAUCAAGCUUGCUGUGUUGUUCAGUGUUAACCUGGGAGGGUGUUUCUUCCUCUGUCGGCCUAGUCUUAGUUUUGGAGGGUUGCUUCCUUUGAACUUUUCUAAGCUGGGAAGAGGAGGAGGGUGGCAAGAAGGACACCAUCUUGGACUAACCUUGUCUUCCAUCCCUGAAGCCUUUCAUCUGUCCGUCCUUCCUUCUCUUUGCUAGAGCAAAAGGUGGGGAGAAGUUGUUCCUGAUUUGACCACCUCUCUUUUGUCUCCAACCUCAUUGGGGUUUGGAUUAGGUAUGGAGCUUUGGCUAAAGUAAGGAGUUGCCUUAGAACACGGACACUAAGAACCUAGGAUUACCAGGAAGGCGGAGGACCAAGAAACCUAGAGCAAUGCUUUGAGAGAAGUGGAUUCUCUUCAUUGCCGUGUCCAUGACACAAGCUUGACCGUGUCCAUAAGUUUGCAGGCAUCAUCUCUAGGGUGAAAUCUUAGAGGCCGGAUUAGGGGAAGGAUCUUUCUGGACUGUGUGGUCUCAGUAGGAUCUUUCCUGUGCCCUCUAUGCUUCAUCUUUAGCUCUGCAGAGCGGCCAAGGCCAGCCCAUCCUCCCAGGGACCCCAGGAGAACUAGCGCUCUCCUCUCUCCCCUCAGGUGGCAGGGCGUCCCCUGACUGCACCUGCCCACUCCACUAGGAAGCUUGAGAACCUCUCUUCCUGACCCUCUCCUCCUCCAACCUUCGUCUCUAGGCAGUGGGACAAUCACCCCAUCCACCACUUGCAUCCUCUGCCCUCAUCCCCCAACUUCCAGCAGGGCUGGCCGCACUCCCCUCCACCUCUAGUUUUCUUCCAGAAGAUGCGAUUUUGGGUCCGGGAGGAGCAUUUUUCUGGAAGGCCAUCUUUUCACGCCCCUGCUUUCCUGACGUGGAGCAGGAACUUGCACACGGUGUAGAGAGCUCCCCCUGCACCUCUCUGCCCACCUCGUUACCUCACUCCUGCUCCAGCCAUGGCUGUGACGGGCCCAGCCAGCUCCCAGUUCCGAUGUUCUGUGCGAAGCUCAGGGGUCUUGGGCAUUGUUUUCUGUUGUGACUUGAGGCCCUCAGCAGGCCUGGGAGCCCGGAUUGGAGCCUUGGCUGCUGGCGAGAAGCACCUUGCCUGCCAGGAGGAGUUUGAUGCCGGACGACGUACCCGACAUGUGAAGGCGUAAAGGACGUUUUCACCUCUGCCCCUCGGCCCUGCCUGCUUCUCUCAACACGAGGAGAUGCUGCAGAAGCAGAACGGGGGCCUCUGCUCCAGGCGGGAACAGCUGACUCCGUCUGCGGAGCAGGCCCUAGGCUGGGGUGCCAUGCGCCGAGAUUGCUGAAUAAAAGCAGCCAUCGUUGCCAACAACAGUGUGUGGCUCCCACAUUGCUCUGUCCUGCACUCUAGGGCCAGACCACUCUCUGCAUGGACCAUAUCAUCUUCCCAAACCCAUGGUGCUUUCCCCCGACUCAACCUGGACUCCAAGGUGGGGAGGGAUGGGUCAGAGGCCACUGCGGCCCCUGGAUAAUCCUGACCUGGGGUGGAGUGGGGUGAGGCAGAGGGAGCAGCCAGUCCCCAACACCUGCACUGGGCCAUACAAGGGAAGGAAUGCAGGUUGAUUGCAGUCGAGUUGUCUGGCCAUCUGCAUUUGGAUCUGUAACUGUACUUUGCCUGGCGCUGUGCGCAAGGUCUGAAAACUUACUGCUAGUACCUAGAAACAUUCAAGGCUUCCCGGUCCAAUCUUAAUGUAAAGUAGCUAGAGCCAUGGAAGUACAGUAUGAAUUAAAAAAAAAAAUGCUGAACUACAAA